AUGGCCGUGCUAUUUGGCUUUCUCCUGUUGUCCCUUCUGCUAUUCGAUUUUUACGAAGCCUUGAAGUUGAGGAGCAGCGCAGAUCGUAUCAUCCACGUGUCUGAAAGGGGGGGCGGCGGUUUGCCAACCCCCUGGUCGUUGAGUUAUAGUCCCACUGCGAGGCACCUCUUUAUUCACAACAAAAAUGCGUUCGAGGGGAGACCCAGAUGUGGUAGGAAGAACCCGGGUGUGAAGCGGAGGAAGGAGGAACUAUUCCUCAGUAGAGACGACCCAAGCUUGGCAAAAAAGGAAAUGAAAAUUGAGACCUUCGCCAAUCCCAGUGGGAACGAAUUCCUGUGGACCAAACUGAUGAUGAAUGGGGAGGAGAAGCGGUUCAUCGUGGAUUUAUGCAGCGACAACAGUUUUUUGUUUUACCGUGGGGAGGACUCCCUCUUUAAGGGUAUUCGCACCGAUGGUGGGGACUCUGCUGCGGUGGAGACAGCCCCUCCUCAUCUCCUGUUUGGAAAGGAAGACGUCCAAAAGGUACACGAAGAGCUGUUUUUAAACAAUACCAAAGUUGCAGUAGAGAGAGUGGUGAAGGCAAAGGAGAGUGGAGAGAAAAAACCCUUUCAGUUUUACCUAAUGGAAGAAAAGGUGAUGGAAAAAAAUUUAGACGGGAUCAUCGGCUUUGAUUUCUUUGCCAACUUUGAGAGCUUCCUAUUUGACACGAUCAAUAUGAGGAUAGAGCUGGGGGGGGACGCCUCUCCAAAUCGGCUGCAGCAAGGGGCAAGCAGUCACGGUGGGCACUGCCAUGAGGUAAAACUGCACAACUAUAGCAAUUAUAUAAAAUAUUUCAGUGUAAAUGUGAAUAAGCAGCUGUAUAAGGGCCUCCUAGACUCGGGCACUUCCAAAACGCUGCUCAUCAAUAGCGAUGUGAAAUUGGAGAGGGAGGACCAGCAUGCCGACAGCGUCUCUGUUGAGAAUAUACUGAACCAGAGGUUCACCGUGAGAAGGGUAAAGCAAGUUAAUCCGUUUGCUAUCCUCUCGAAGGAGAGUGAAGGAGGGAUGCCCCUUCAAAUGAAGGAGGUAUAUGCAAGUGAAAAUGCGUUCCCCUAUUUGGACUCCAAUGUGGUUUUGCUCGGUUUGGAUUUCCUUCUGAAGAGGAAGUUUCUCUUCGACUUAACGAAUGGCACGCUAUACAUGUAUUGUGAGGCGGUUGGCUGUUCACCUCGCGCGGUUGGUGAGGGCAGCUCCGUUGGAGGUUCCCCCCCCAGUGGGGCAAACCAACCCACCGUAGACCCUCAGAAGGUGGAACGUAAGUGCGCCGAGAUAUAUGAGCAGUUGAGAAGUAAACAGCUGAGCUUCCUCAACAUUACGAGCGAGCUCGAAAAGGAUAACGUAGACAUGCAAGACUGCAAAAGCACCAACGAUGUGAUUAGGAGGUAUGCCAUAAAGCUUCUCUACGGGAAGGAGCACCUCCCAAGGAGGGAUCCAAGGGGGGAGCCCACCCGAAAGGAUCCCGAAUUUGAGCAGCGGUAUAAGGAGAUGACCAAUUUUUUUAGAAAGUUAGCCCCAGAGGAGAAGCAGAACAUGCUAAAUAGGAUGGUGCGCGUUUUGCAAAAUGGGUGCAGCGGGGAGGGGGACUCCCCAACGGAGGGGCAGCACCCCGCGAGGGAUACUCACCAGUAUGAGCGGGCCUCCGACAUUCUGGCAAAGUACGUGGAGCACGAACUGGAAAAGAAGCAAUAUUCCCUGCACCGAUUUAAGUCCACCAACGCAGGUAGGAGGAAUGAAAAGGCAGUGGAGGAGGAGUUCAGCCAGUUGAGUGCCCUCUACAACGCUCACCCGGAGUUUAGCUUCGAGAUGUUGAGCGACUUUAAGAGGGAGCUCACCAACAGACGCAUCAACGUGAAUGCACUGCAAACGGAAAAUGAUAUAAUUAGAAAAGUGGCGGAGAUACGGGUGUACCACCAGAAUGGCACUUCCCCAAAGGAGGGUAGAAACAGGAAGAGGAAAAACAUCAUCGUCAGGAGAUUCACAAAUGAUGAUAACAAUGUGCACACGCAAAUUAUAAUUAGACGGAAUGGGUUGGGACCAGGUGACGACGACAAUGAGGAGGACAACGCAGGGGAAGGGGAACACGGCAAGUAUCCCUAUGGGAACCUAGACCGGAUGGAUGACCUAUUCCCUAACUCGCUCUUUUCAGGGAUAUUUAAAAAUUUCUUCGGAGAUAACAACAGGAGUGAGCACUACCGCAGUGGGGGGGAGGUGGAUGACGGUGGGGAGGAAGAGGGAGAUCACCAGGAGGGGGGGGACCUACUCUCCGAGCUGAACAACUUCUUUGGCUUCGGCAACAUGGGGGAGAACCUUUUUGGCCGAAAAAAAAGAAGCGUCAUCGGCUUCAAGACGAAGGAGCCCACGAGCGCGGACGCGGGUGCAGGUGAGGGGGCGAGCGGCACGGCUAGCGGCACGGUUAGCGGCACGGAUGGCAGCACACCGGGCGACAUCUCGAGCGCCAUCUCGAACGCCAUAAGGGAGGAGAAGGACACGGACAUCAUCUACCUGCUGAACAAGGUGCAGAAGCUGAACGACGCCAACUUGAAGAGCUUCAUUUUGCAGUCGCUCAGGAACGACAGCGUGCGCAGGAUCCUCGUCGACGCGGUCAAGAAGGGCUACCAGAGCGCCCACGAGCAGUGCCGCGCGCAGGGCGACAACAAGGGCAUGUACCUCCUCCAGAUGUUGAAGCAAGCGGGCAUCUUCUGA